CUGGCUGUCAACGCUUUCCGAUUGCCGUGCUGCGAGCAGGCCAUUUGCGAGACAUGCCAGUCUAAUCUGCCUUCGUCUUGCCCGGUCUGCGAGCACUCUCCUCUUUCCGCCGACGACUGCACGCCGCACAAAAGCUUGCGAACGACGAUCAAGGUCUUCCUUCGAACUCAAGAGAAGAAGCGCGAGGAGGCGCGAGCCAGGGAAGAGGCCUCUGCGCCACCAACACCCGUCGAUGCGAAGCCGAUAUCGCAGCCGAUCGCUCCCUCCGAACCACCUACUGCUACCGAGACGCCCUCCCAGCCCCCCGCGGCUCCGAACGCAGACGAGAAGGCGCCUGUGGAGGCCACCGCAGCUUCUAACGUCGAGGCUUCUGCGGAAGCGAACGACAAUGGCGAAGCUGACGCAGCUGCUGCUCAGAACGAUGAGGAUGCGCAAACCCGUGACCAGGAACCUGUCUCUAAGGGAGAUGACGAUGAUAACGAGACCGUCAUCAUUACAGGAGACGAAGACGCGGCGACUGCUCCCCGACGAGACGUGCAGCAAGAUGGUGAUAAUGCGGAGAACAACGACGCCCAAGGCGACGGCGACGAUGCGACCACGAACCCGAACAUGAGCUUCAACUCCAUGAACGGAGGAAGCUUCCCGAACAUGAGCUUCAACGGAUCUGGCGAUUUCAACCAGAUGCAAAUGAUGAUGGCCAUGCAAAACGGCAUGGGGAACUCAUUUGGCAACUUUCCAAUGAUGGGUAUGCCAGGAAUGGGUGUGGACCCUAUGGCGAUGCAGAACAUGUACAUGAACGGCGGCUAUGGUGCUCAAGGCAUGGGCAUGGGAGGCUUCGGCGGUGGUUUCGGCUCAGGCUCCAAUAACUGGAACGGGCAACAGUCAUGGAAUUUCGGCCAAGAUAAUUUCAAUUCUGCUAAUGCUGCUGGCAUGGGAUCUGGUGACUUUGGCAACUAUAACUCAGGAUUCCAGUCAGGGUACAAUCAAGGUAAUUACGGUCACCAAUUCAAUGAUUACCGCCGCAACAACUACGGCUACCGUGGACGUGGAAGGGGACGCGGCUCUUACGGCGGAGGCUAUGGUCGAGGCGGAUAUCAACAGUAUGGCGGCUACGGUGACCAUGGCCAAAUGCACCAACAACAGCAGUACGGCUCCGGAGUGCCCGGCCAAGGCACCGGUGAGGCGAAUCAAGCUGGCGGCGAUGUGGACGAGUUCGGCCGCCAGCGCAACAAGGAUCAGGACGAGAAGUCGAAUGUUGGGGGCGACAGAGACGCAGAGGGUGAAGACGGCGCCAAACCCGUGAACGAGGGCGGGAACGAGCCGGGUUCACAUGAUGCAUCAGAGCAGGAGCACGCAGAAAAUGCAAAACUCGUGGCACAAGAUGGUGAAUACUCCGCUUAUAACGGAAACGGAAUGGCCGGAGGUUAUGGGCCUUCAGGAUUCUCAAAUCAGAACCAGGGUUUCGGAUCUGCACCUCCUGAUGUUCCUUUGAAUGCUCCGACUGGCCCCAAGGCUAUGCGUCAAGGCCUCCCGAAUACGAGCCUGCAUACUCUGCGAGCCAGAGGAUUCAUGGUCCAGGACAGUCAGGCCCAGCAGUCACCAGUAGACGGCCCCGACACGCAGAGUCCCGUUGUGGAGCAGCCACUCCGAUCUAGGAGUAACUCUUCGACGCGCACCAAGGAUAAGGACAGGAGCCGCCGACGGGAAGCUAGCAGAGAUCGUGAGAGGGAACCUGACAGCCGAUCAGAGAGAGAUUACAGCGUCAGGGAUCGAGACCACUCACGCUCACGCUCACGUACCAGGGAACCUAGCAGAGAGCGUAAAAGCGAGCGUGGGGAUCGCGGCGACCGCAGCGACCGCGGUGAUCGUCACCGACGCAGACGCAGACGUUCGGAGACUCGAUCAGUCGCCGGAGACCGUGACCGUGGUGAUCGCGGUGACCGCGAAGACCGGGACGAUGAUCACCGUCGCAGGAAGCAUAAGAGCAGAAAGCACGGAUCAUACGGCGACGAAGAUGACGCCAAGUCCCGUUCCAGGGACGACGGCUACGAAGAGAGAUCGAGGUCGGCCUCCCCGAGUGACUCCAAGAGAUCUAGCCACCGAAGUCGCAGGGACCGUGACGACAAACGUCGCGACCGGGAGAAGGACAAGUACCGGGACGAGGACUACGACCACCACCGCAAGUCCAGCCAUCGUUCUCAUCGGGACAGGGACCGCGAUAGAGAUCGUGACUACGACCGCGACCGCAAGGAUCGGGACCGCGAUCGUGAGAAGGACAGGAAGCGCGACAAGCACAGGGAUCGCGAACACCGGCACCGCAGCAGCCGCAAACACUCGCCCGAGUCGUCGACGCCCGUGGAGAAGGACUUCAACCCACCCGCCGGUCCUCGGGGCAGCGCAUCGGGUCUCGAAAUCAGGGGUGCGAGCUCGAAGCCUGGCAAAUCAUCCGACAGGCAGGACAGGCGGGGCUCUCAAGCCUCGGUCAGCAACAUCAAGUCUGCUCCUGCUCCCACCAAAGACAUCCACGCCCUUGAGCGUGAGGCCAGGGACCGCGAGCGCUUGCUCAAAGAGACUCAACGCAUGGCGGGCUUGGCCGGCCUGGCCGGUAUCAAACGCAGUAGGGACGGCGGCGGCGAUGACGACGGUAAGCGCAGCCGGAGGAAGGGACGCCGCAGCGAGGCUGUCAACCACGAUGAAGAGGAAGAGCGGAUGCGGAGGAUGGAGGCCGAGCGGGAGAGCGCCCGGUGGGACUAG